GAAACGGAACUUUAUAUGGUUUUCGGCUCAAGUUGAAAGGGAGUUUCUGUUUGAAGUCAAAGUAUGGUACUCCCCUACUAACGUCAUCUUUCCACUACGGGUUUUCUUCAUACUUAUAUAUAUAAAUUCCUCUUCAGUCGGUCCCUUUUGUCUUCCGAUUUCGACAGUAUAAGUUUAUAGGCAUUCUCACUCUUCUUCUACAAAAGUCAAUGGCUACUCUGAACCAACGUCAGCUGCAGGUCAUUAAUCAAACAGUGGAGGCUCUAAAUGGCUGUGAACGCAGUAGGAUGUCCUACCUGUGCGGGAACUUGGACACGGAUAACAGCGUGGCGUGUACGAAAGAAGUGCUCAAAUCUAAAGUAAUGUGCCACGAGAUGAGUCAUCUGUUCCUGACUGAGCUCAUGUUGCAUUUGAGACGUUUUGAUAUCCUGAAGAAGGUCUAUCAAACCAACAGGUUUGAGGUGGAGGAGGCUCUGAAACACAGAAAGGUUCUGCCAAGAUUCAGAGUAUUGAUGGCGAAUAUAAAUGAGGAUAUGGCCCAUGAUGAUCUGGAAAGUGUGAAAUUCUUGUUGAGCGGCACAUUGCCCCGUGAUAAAAUGGAUAAAGCACAGAGUUUCCUAGAUGUGGUCAUUGAACUUGAGAAGCUGGAUAUAGUUUCGCCUGAAAGAGUCGACUCUGUGGAAGAAUGUUUAAGAAACAUUGGCAGGGUUGACCUAGCCAAAAAAGUGACUGCGUACAAGACGUCAGUUGUAACAUCUGAAGAACAUUCAUCUAUACAGCAAAGACACAGAUCUCCUUGUCCAUUCCCCCCUUCAAAUGGUUCCUAUUCUCGACAGCAAACAAGACAAGCACGUUCCUACCCCAAUGCAGCCACAAACAUAUCAGUGCCUGUAUGCAGAGCGCAGAACAGCCAGAGUCAACUAGAUUGUUACAAAUUUAACACUCACCCCAGAGGAGUUUGUGUUAUCAUAGACUGCGUUGGUAAUGACGGAGACAUGUUGGAACAGACAUUUAAGGCUCUUCACUUCAAAGUGAUCCUCUACAAAUGGCUUAGUGCCGAUGACACUCUUUCAGCUCUCAGAGGGAUUUUCAGUCAGAGAGAGAACCUUGAAUGCGACAGCUUUGUCUGCUGCAUCAUAAGCCGUGGUGGGGCAAACCAUCUCCUGGGAACAGACCUGUACGGCGCAGGUCUACAUCUGGACGAUGUCAGACGUCUUUUCACUGCUGACGCGUGUCCCAUGCUGGCCGGCAAGCCCAAACUCUUCUUCAUCCAGAGGUACAGAGUCCCCGAGUGCCUGCCCCGUGCCAUGAUGGAGCACCGGGAUGAGGAUCUGGAGACAGACGGGUUUGAUGGGCUGUCCAGAUGUGAAUUCAUCCCCAAAGAUGCAGAUGUGUUCUGGAGUCACUGCUGGACAGAUGAAGGUCAACUGGAGCAAAGAAACCAUCGCUCCAUUUACCUGAAGGCUCUGACCGAGAGUUUACACAAAGGUCAAAGAAGGAAAACGCAUCUUAUUAACGUUCAUAUCGAGGUGAAUGGGGCCGUCUAUGAAAAUAACAAGAGGAAUCCUGGAGCACACUACCACAUCGAUCUGAAGCAUACUUUAAGGAAAGAUCUUUAUUUACAAUAGAGGAUUAAUCACUUUCACUAUACCCACAUAUUAUUGUUGCACAUUCCUUGCAUGAGAAGAACCUUUUUUUAUUGUGUGUGCAGUGUCACCUAGUGGUUGUAGGAACUUAAAACACUUGCGCUUUGUUUAUCGAAGUAUUAAUGUGAAUUGCCUUUUCUUGCCUCAUACAGUGCAGCUGAAACCGUUCGUGCCUUUAUUUGUAUUUAAUUAUUAUUAUACAAUUUGUUUAACCUGUGUGUAGAAAUGUGAGUUAUUAGUUGAAUGAAGGAAAUAUUUUGAGCUACAAUUGCAGUUAUUAUAUAUAUUGUUACCUUUAUGUUAUCAUUUUGUAUUUAUUGUAUUUUUUUGACAUUAUCCAUUGCCUAGGUUUUGUCUUUUUGUAAAACCCUUC